AUGGAAAAUCAGAACAACGUCACAGAAUUUGUUUUCUUGGGGCUGUGGGAAAACAAGCGAAUAGAGCUCCUUUUCCUGUUUCUGUUCCUGCUCUGUUACCUGGCCGUCUUGAUGGGGAACUUCAUCAUCCUCUUCACUAUCACCUGCAGCCACCUAAUCCAGCAGCCCAUGUACUACUUCCUCUGCCAUCUUUCCCUCAUGGAUCUCUGCUACACCUCUGCUGUGAUCCCCAGGCUAAUCCGGGACCUGGCUGCUGCAAGGAAAAACAUCUCCUAUAGCAACUGCAUGACCCAGCUCUUCACUGCUCACUUGCUGGCAGCUGUGGAGAUUUUCAUCUUGGUGUCCAUGGCUUUUGACCGCUACGUGGCCAUAGUCAAGCCACUGCACUACAUGGUGAUCAUGAGCCGGCACAGGUGUAAUAUGCUGAUUGUCCUGGCCUGGGGAGUGGGUUUUUUGCACUCUGUCGCCCUCCUGCUUGUGAUGCUCCAUUUGCCUUUCUGUGGCCCCAAUCAGAUAGAUCACUAUGUAUGUGAUGUCAAGCCUUUGUUGAAACUGGUGUGCAAAGACAUUCAUGUUGUUAAUAUCUUAAUGAUUGCAAACUCAGGGAUGGUGGUUGUUGUGGUUUUCCUUGUCUUAGUAGUUUCUUACAUUCUCAUCUUAUAUAAUCUGAGGACACAUUCCUCUGCAGGGCGGCGCAAAGCUCUCUCGACCUGUAGUUCUCAUAUCAUGGUUGUGGUUUUAUUCUUCGUGCCCUGUAUCUAUAUCUAUAGUCUACCUGCAGGAAGUGAGAACAAGGAUAAGGAAGUCUCAGUGUUUUACACUGUGAUUGCCCCCAUGCUGAAUCCUCUCAUCUAUACCCUGAGAAAUGUGGAGAUGAAAAAUGCUAUUCGAAAGAUAUGGUCUAAGACAACACACUCAGAAUUAAAGUGA